AUAGCACGUGUUGGUUCGCAAUUUACGAAUUGUAUCUUUGUUAGUUAUCCACAUUUUACAUUUAAAACGAAGUAGAUUACAAAUAAUUAUAGACUAAAAUGGCUAUGCUGGCUGAACCACGUCGGCGCAAAAGGUACAACUUGUGUCCGCGCGGCAAGGCUCUCUAUGAAGAUGAAAACCGCUUCGGUACCAAAAUGCUGGAGAAAAUGGGCUGGACGAAGGGCAGUGGCCUGGGCGCCAAUCUGAGUGGCGAAAAGGAUUUUGUGCGCAUUCGCUUCAAGAACGACGCAGAAGGAUUGGGUUUCGAGCAGCGCGAUGAUCAGUGGACAGUUCACGAGGAUGGCUUCAAUGGGCUGCUAAAGUCGCUCAAUGGAGAUGAUAGCGGCGGCAAUGACAAAGAACCUGAGUCCGAAGAGGAGGCCAGACCUAUGGGCUUUGGCUUCAAAGCCAUUGAACCGGAGGAGCCGUCUAAGAAGAAACUCAAGGAGAACACCAGUGGAAUGUCGCUGGAGGAGCGGUCGAAGCAGAGCAGGGCACGCGUCCACUACAAGAAGUUCACGCGCGGCAAGGACUUGGCACUGUACAGCGAAAAGGAUCUAGCUAAUAUAUUCGGCAAGAAGGCAACUGAGGACGUCGAGAAAUAUCCAGAACCCGUGCUGGCUGUCCAACCCGAGGAGCCAAACCCCAACUUCGCUGGCGUGCAGACAAUUGUCACGGGCCUGUCGACCACUGAUUAUUUCAAGCAGAAAAUGGAGGCCAUGAAAAACAGACUUAAGAAAGGUUCCCAAGUUGAAGACAACAAUGAGGCACAGACCAAUGGCCAUGCUGAAAAGCUUGAACAGACUUCAGUAGAUAAUGAUGAAGUGCCUUCCAAGAAAAAGAAAAAAAAGAAGGACAAGGAGAGGGCAGAGGAGGCACCAACUGCAGAGGAAGAACUAGAGCAGGCUGCUUCCAAGCCUAAGAAAAAGAAGAAAUCAAAGCGAUCGUCUCUUGAUGAAGAAAAAUUAGUUGAUAGCGAUGAAAGGACUGACGAGCAACCAACUGCUGUUGAAGAAAUCGAGCACGACGCUCCCAAGCUUAAGAAAAAGAAGAAAUCGAAGCGAUCGUCUCUGGAUGAAAUUGAGAACAACUUUGUUAAGGAAAAAUUAGUUGAUAGCGAUGAAAGGACUGAUGAGCAACCAACUGCUGUGGAAGAAAUCGAGCAGGACGCUCCCAAAACUAAGAAAAAGAAGAAAUCUAAGCUAUCGUCUCUCGAUGAAACCGAGAAGUCGGACCACAACUGCGUUGAGUCGUUGGAAAUCACUGAGGAAAGUGAAAACACUUCCUCCAAAAAGAAGAAGUCCAAAAAAAAGGAGGAAUCCGCAGAAGUGUCGAUACAAACAGAAGAAAGUGACCAAAAAAAGAAAAGGAAGUCAGAUAAAAAUAAUGAGAUUGCAGAAGAUUCGAUAGAAGAACCAGCUGCGAAAAAAAAGAAAAAGUCCAAGAAACCCGAAGAAGUAAUUGUAAUCGAUGAUGAUGACUUACACAGGAAUAAUGAAUCGCAUGUUUCGAAUGAAAAUGGUAGUAAAAAGAAAAGUAAAUCUAAGGACAGUGAAGAAACCACCCAAACUCAGAAAGAAAUUACUAUAGAUUUAACAGACGAAGCUCCCCCUAAGAAAAAAAAGAAAUCCAAGGAAGAGAAGAAGAGUAGGGACAAUGACGAGAAAGAUUCAGAAGAAACACCUCCCGCCUCGGAAGCUACUGAAAAGAAAUCGAAGAAGAAACCCAAGUUAAAAUCGUCUGCGGAGCCCUCAUCUAAACUGGAGAUCACGUCAUUUGCGCUCGCCGUGGAGGCGGCUGUCGAGAAUCGAAAGGACACAGGAGCCGAGGAUAGGAACGACGUAAGUGCUGACAAGAAUAAUUCCGGCGAUAAAAGCGUUCAGUCAGCCGAUGAAGACCUGCCUAAGGACCUCUUAUCCCUGGAAGAGAUCCAAGAAAAACUCAAAUCAUUCAAUCAUUUUAAUAUCUCUAAAUUCUGUGCAGACCAAUUCCAAUUGUUCGACAUGAGUGCAUUUCACAUGUCGUCGCUGGGCGAGAUCGUGGGCUACGGAAUCAGCGAAAACGUCGAGCUGAAUGUGGUGGAUUGUCCUUACGAUGAAACGCGUAUACGCAACCUUUGGAAAAACAAAGCCGUUGAGUAUUUUAAAAGCGAACAGCAUAGCAAGUAUCCGGUAAGGGUGCAAAGAACUAGCAUACGAGCGGUCAAGAAGAGAGUCGCCUUUGAAGGAAUUUAGAUCGAGCAAACGAAGUAUAUUUCAACGCGAUUCUUAUUAUGAUUGUUUUGUACAUAAACAACUUAGAUAGGUAGUUGGUAAGCUUCAUGGUUUACAUUUUAAUGUACUGUUUUUUGUAUAACACGUUAACUAAUUAAACUGAACUAUACAUUUCAA